ACGGCGGAGCCCUUCCUCUACGUGGACGAGUUCCUGACCUACUUAUUUUCCAAGGAGAACAGCAUCCGGGAUGAGAAAUACGAUGAAAUUGCGGCCCAGAAUAUGAACAAUCCUCUGUCACAUUACUGGAUUGCCUCCUCGCACAACACGUAUUUAACCGGAGACCAGCUGCGCAGCGAGUCGUCCACGGAAGCCUACGUGCGUUGUCUGCGGAUGGGAUGCAGGUUGUAUCGAACUGGACUGCUGGGGACGGUCCUGACGGAAAGCCGAUUAUUUAUCACGGAUGGACAAGAACAACGAAAAUUAAAUUUGACGACGUGGGUGCAAGCUAUCAAGGAUCACGCAUUCGUCACCUCCGAGUACCCGGUCAUACUCUCCAUAGAGGAGCACUGCAAUGUAGAGCAGCAGAGGUACAUGGCCAAGGUGUUCAAGGAGGUCUUUGGGAGAUCAUCUGCUGACCAAACCCACCGAAGCCAGCGCCGACCAACUGCCCUCCCCCACCCAACUGAAAGAGAAGAUCAUCAUCAAGCACAAGAAGUUGGGCCCCAAAGGCGAUUACGUCACCAAUGCAGAUGACAGCAAGGAGGAGACCAAACUGCAGGGGGAGCUCCAUAUGUGGGACGCCAUAGAUCAGAAAUGGUCGGUCCGGUAUUGCGCCAUCGCUGGCGAUAAGCUUUCCUACGGCGAUGAGAUUGAACAGAACACAGAAGACCCGACACCCAAGUCAUCGCAGGAGCAGCAUCUGCAGGAGAAAUGGUUCCACGGGAAGAUGCAGGAGGGCCGGUUCAUGGCGGAGCGCCUGCUGCAGGAGUACUGCGCUGAGAUGGGGGGCAAAGACGGAACUUUCCUGGUGCGGGAGAGCGAGUCGUUCCGCGAUGAUUUCACUCUCUCCUUCUGGAGGUCGGGGAGAGUCCAGCAUUGCCGGAUCCGGUCCUGCACGGACGGAGAGUAUGUGAAGUAUUACCUGACCGACAACUUGACCUUCGACAGUAUUUAUGAGCUGAUACAGCACUACAGGGAGUCCUCGCUGCGCUGUUCCGACUUCGAGCUCAGGUUGAUGGACGCCGUUCCAAAUCCCAACCCUCACCUGGCCAAGGAGUGGUAUUACGACAACCUGAGCCGAGGAGAAGCGGAAGAAAUGCUGACGAGGAUACCGCGGGAUGGAGCGUUUCUGAUACGAAAGCGAGACGAGCCAAAUUCCUACGCCAUCACAUUCAGGGCGGAGGGUAAAGUGAAGCACUGCAGAAUCCAGAAAGAUGGCCGCCUGUUCGUGUUGGGAACCUCGGCUUAUUUUGAAAACCUGGUGGAGCUGGUCAGUUAUUACGAGAAGCACACGCUGUACCGGAAGAUGAAGCUGCGCUACCCCGUGACCGAGGAACUGCUCAUGAGGUUCAACGCGGAAAAAGACGUGGACUCCAUUUACGGUGUAAAGUCCAAGCUGUACGUGGAUCCCAGCGAAAUCUCCCCGGCCAUGCCGCAAGGGACCGUUAUCGCUUUGUUCAACUAUUCGGCUACCAGACCGGAUGAGCUGAGCUUCUGCACGGGCGCGGUCAUUCACAACGUGGUGAAGAUCACGGAGGGAUGGUGGAAGGGCGACUACGGAGAUAAACUGCAGCACUUCUUCCCCUCCAAUUAUGUGCAGGACAUACUGACCAAUGAGGAGUUUAUCGCCAACUGGCAGAUUGUUGAGGACAGUCCCCUGGGAUCCAUGUGCCGAGGAAUCCUGGAUCUGGGCACCUAUGACAUCAAGAAGCUUCCGCAUGGGAAGAACAACAAAAUGUUCGUCUUGUCGCUGGAGUCCCGGAACCCCGAGGAGCCGUCUGUGGAUUUUGCAACCGACAAAGUGGAGGAAUUGUUUGAAUGGUAUAAAAACAUCAACCACAUUGUGCACCAGAAGGGGGCGCAGGACUUCUUCAUUAAGACGUGGGAGAAGAAUCAGGUCAUUGCCAGAGAGCUGUCCGACCUUGUGAUCUACUGCAAGCCGACCAGUGAAGGCAAAGACAACCUAGAGAGGCCGGACUUCCGAGAAAUCCGAUCGUUUGUGGAGAACAAAUUGGAGAGCCUUUCUAGGACGAAGCCGGUUGACCUGCUGAAAUAUAAUCGUAGGGCGCUCACUCGCGUCUAUCCCAAGGGGCCGCGGGUGGACUCCUCCAACUACGAUCCGCUGCGACUCUGGCUGUGCGGUGUCCAGAUGGUGGCUCUGAACUACCAGACACCAGACCGGUACAUGCAGAUAAACCAAGCCUUGUUCUCCUUCAAUGGGCGCUGCGGGUACAUCUUGCAGCCGGAGUGUAUGAGGCAGGAUUCCUUUGACCCGAGUGACUCCCGGAGGAUUGGACAGAUGGUGCUGACCAUUAAGGUUAUAGGUGCCCGUCAUUUGCCGAAGCCUGGCCGGGGUAUCGCCUGUCCUUUCGUGGAGUUGGAGGUUUGUGGAGGAGAAUACGAUAAUAAUAAGUUCAGGACCAGCGUCGUCAAUGAUAAUGGCCUGAAACCCCGUGUGGACCUCCGUUCAGCAGCAGGCCAUGUUCGAGAUCCGUGAACCAAACUUGGCUUUCCUGAGGUUUGCCGUGUACGAAGAGGACAUGUUCAGCGACCCCAACUUUUUAGCUCAAAAUACUUUCCCUAUUAGAGGAUUAAAAACAGGAUAUCGAUCGAUUCCCUUGAAGAACGGUUAUGGUGAAAAUAUGGAGUUGGCGUCACUUCUGGUUCAUUGCCAAAUAAAGAAAGAUCUGGGCAACGAAGAAGGCUUGUAUAUUUCAUCUGGAGAUCUUCGGCGGCGGGGAGUCCAUAACAAUGAGGUCUCUUUGUACGACACCCAUGAAAACAUUAGAGUUCCUAGCAGAGAAGCCAUGGGGCGACAGCCGAUGAAUGACAUCAGGACAAACCCGGAUACCAGGAGACCAGGGCACCGCAAGUACAGCCAUCAAAAUCUGCUUGAUUACCAAGG